UGAACCAUUUGGAGUAGCAAAACUGAAGCAAAAUUAACACCAACUUUUGUUAAUCCGGUGACACUCGGCAAAAGAUUCCACCAACGGAAUCCAGUAUUUGCUUCAACCCUUCACCAACCGAAGCAACCCAACACCUCAACCCUCAAACUCCUCGAAGCCUAAAACCAUCUGCUUUUCCCGGUUGUUAUAACUUGCACCACCAAUUUGUAAUUACAAAUUUCUACUAGAAGGGAAAAAAAAAUUUUCCCCAAACUCCUUCAGAAUCAUCAUCAUCUACCACCAAGUACAAUUAAACUGGUCGGCCCGAUACCUGCCCGGAGGCUGACGUGACCCAGACCCGUAAGCUCAACCGGACCUAGAGAAACCCGAGGACGAGACCACCCAGAAAUGCGAAAAUUAUCAUCAUCAAUAUAAGGGUACCAAUAGUACCGUGGGUUAGUUGUGAAUUUGUGUCAAACGUCCACUUUAGGGCUGGCUGCUUGGUGAAAUUGAGGUUAUUGUUGUUGCCCCCGGAAGUGGAUUAAUCGAAAUCUUUGACAAGGGAUUUCAACCAAGUAAACUUAUGAAGAAAUUGUGGCGGAUAAUCCAGCACCAGAUUACAAGCACAAUAGGGUGGCGAAGAUGUCCACAUGACGGAGUCAUAGGCUGCCGGCUGAAGAAACACCAUAGGAUAGGUGAUAGCAUGGACCAGUUUGCCGGGAAAAGCAGCCAGUCGGAGUGUGGGAUCACGUUGGAUGAGUGAGAUUUGAACAGGGAUUUUGAAAGAAACAGAUUCGGAUUUGUAAACAAGAGAAGAGAAUCUUUUGGAGACUAAAGGAACACCUGCAGAGGUAUUUGGCUUCAAAAACUUUGUCAAGAAUGACGGAAACUAUUGCAUCUGGUAAUCGCUUGAAUGGAUCAACAAUUUCUUUUCCUCGAUGUUCUUCUGCAGCAGCUGCUCCAAAUUUUUGAAAUUUUCAAAUGAGCCACUUGAUGUUUUUUUAUUCUCAAAUGAAGUGAGAAAGUUUCUAAAAUCUUAUGUAAAUCUUGAACUAACUUUUAGUAUAGGUUGAAACAAGGUUAAUAUAGGAAUUUCAUAUUUUCUGUUAAAUUAGACGAUUUCCGUUCAUUGCCCAAAUUAAUUCAAACCACGAGGGGGUUCUUUGGGGAUUUUCAAAUAAUGAGGAGGCUUUAUGAUAAUAACCCAAAUCACAAGGGAGUUUAGUGUAUUUUACCCUAAGUUUAAUAAUGACGUUAGUAUAAAUGAGAAGAAAACUAAAAGUUGGCAUGUAUUAGAUUGACAAGCACGGUUUAGCUCAAACAAUUUUACGCUUAAACAAGUAUAGUACUCACGUUGCUUCCAAAAAAAAAAGCAAAAAAAAAAAAGUUUAGUACUCACGUUACCAUAAAUCAGAGGAACAGGAAAAGUAGCCAUCCACAAUACUGAAAAUUUACCACUCGAGAACUUGCUCGAUUAGGACAUGGAGUAUGACAACUUGACGACCAGGGAACGGGGGAAACGCCUAGCCCUCCCCAACUAAUUUAAUUUGUUCAUAGAAAUUUAGAACAAUUCUUAUACAAUAUAACACGCGGUUGAAGGUCCUGGUGGCCCUAGUAUAUGGUUUCAUCCUUACUGGUUUCUGGAUUACCAAUUAAUCUUUACCCGCCACCCAUCCAGCAGAAAGGCAAGUCAGCCACCGCGCUGCUUAGUCGUUUGGACGUGCCUUCUUACUCCUCCUCCACCCCCCCUCUCUCUCUCCAUUGGCUGUGUGUGUUAGACGGCGUAAGUGGAAUUCGAGCCCUUCCUUCCAGUCUUUUCGAUCGGCAUCAAGAUACUGUUUCUUGGACUCUAAUUAUUCGAGGUUAGAUUGUUCUGGGACAAUAAAAGAUAAGUAUAUAAAAGAGUGGGGCAGUAUAUAUCAUGACAACGACGGAUAAAUACAAUGUCGAAGCAGCUGAGCUUCUUGCUAACGAGGCAUUGCAUUUGCCAAUUUCGGAGGCUGUGCCGGUAUAUGAGCAACUUUUGGCUACUUUUCCUACUGCAGCAAAAUACUGGAAGCAGUAUGUUGAGGCUCACAUGGCUGUAAAUAAUGAUGAUGCCGUAAAACAUAUUUUCAGUCGCUGCCUGUUGAACUGCCUACACAUUCCUCUUUGGCGCUGCUACAUCCGCUUUAUUAGGAAGGUUAAUGACAAGAAGGGGAUAGAAGGUCAGGAAGAGACUAGGAAAGCAUUUGAUUUCAUGCUUAACUAUGUCGGGGCAGACAUCGCAUCUGGUCCUGUGUGGAUGGAGUACACUGCAUUCUUAAAGUCCUUGCCGACUCAAAAUUUGGCAGAAGAAACACAAAGGAUGACUUCUGUAAGAAAAGCAUAUCAAAAAGCCAUUAUUACACCUACCCAUCACAUUGAGCAACUCUGGAGGGAGUAUGAAAAUUUUGAAAACUCAGUUAGCCGUGCCCUGGCAAAAGGAUUGUUGUCUGAAUAUCAGCCAAAAUAUAACAGUGCAAGGGCUGUUUACAGGGAGAGGAAAAAGUUUGCCGAUGAAAUUGAUUGGAAUAUGCUUGCUGUGCCACCAUCUGGUACUUCCAAGGAAGAAAUGCAGUGGAUAGCAUGGAAAAGGUUCUUAGCCUUUGAAAAAGGAAAUCCCCAGAGGAUAGAUAGCGCUUCUGCUAAUAAACGUAUUGCAUUCACAUACGAACAGUGCCUCAUGUAUUUAUACCACUAUCCUGACAUAUGGUAUGAUUAUGCCAUGUGGCAUGCAAAAAGUGGCUCUGUAGACUCUGCAAUCAAAAUUUUCCAGCGAGCUUUGAAGGCUUUACCUGAUUCAGAAAUGCUAAAAUAUGCGUAUGCAGAGCUGGAAGAAUCCCGUGGCUCGAUUCAGGCGUCAAAGAAAGUAUAUGAAAGUCUUCUUGGUGAUGAUGGCAAUGCUACUGCUCUUUCACAUAUACAGUUUAUCCGCUUUCUAAGAAGAACAGAAGGGGUAGAAGCAGCACGUAAAUACUUUAUGGAUGCACGGAAAUCUCCUAACUGCACUUACCAUGUUUAUGUAGCUUAUGCGAUGAUGGCAUUUUGUCUUGACAAGGAUGCAAAGUUUGCGCACAAUGUUUUUGAAGCGGGGCUGAAACGAUUCAUGCAUGAGCCAUCAUAUAUCCUUGAAUAUGCAGAUUUUCUAUCCCGCUUGAAUGAUGAUAGAAAUAUUCGGGCAUUAUUUGAGAGAGCAUUAAGCUCACUCCCACCUGAGGAAUCAGUUGAGAUCUGGAAAAGAUUUACUCAAUUUGAACAAACAUAUGGAGAUCUUUCUAGUAUUUUGAAGGUUGAGCAACGAAGGAAAGAGGCACUGUCAAGGGCUGGUGAUGAGGGAGAAUCUGCUUUGAAUAGUUCAUUGCAAGAUGUUAUAUCACGCUAUAGUUUCAUGGACCUGUGGCCUUGCUCUUCCAAGGAUAUGGAUCAUUUGACUAGGCAAGAGUGGCUUUCAAAAAACAUCACUAAGAAGAUUGAGAAACCAACUCCUGCCAAUGGUGUCAGUUCUGUAGAUAAGCGUUCUUCAGCAGUUUCUACCACUUCAAAUUCUGUAAAAGUUGUUUACCCAGAUACUUCAAAGAUGGUGGUUUAUGAUCCAAGGCAAAAGAUUGGUCUCACGGGUCCUUUACAGCCUGGAGUUGCAGUCGCUUUACCUCCUAAUGAUACAAUGGGUGCUGCUGGAGCACCUAAUGUACUGAAAGAUAUUUUGAAAACCUUACCACCUGCAUUGGCAACUUUUGUAGCAAACCUGCCAGCUGUUGAAGGUCCAUCUCCUGACGUUGAUUUUGUUCUAGCGAUAUGUUUGCAAAGCAACAUACCACUAAUGCCCGUAAGAACAGCAAACUCUACAAAACUGCAAACUGGUCCUGCUCCAAGCACAAGUGACCUAUCUGGUUCAUCAAAAUUCAAGCCAACAAGAGAUAGACAUGCUGGAAAGAGAAAGGAUGUAGACAAACAAGAUGAUGAGGACAGUACAACAGUUCAAAGCCAACCUCUUCCAAGAGAUGCUUUUAAAUUACGGCAAUUACGAAAGGCUCGUGGUGCCAGUUCACAAACUGGAUCGGCAUCUUAUGGGAGUGCAUUUUCUGGGGAGAUGUCUGGAAGCACCGGUUGAUUUGCUUUUAUCUGUUCUUUAGUAUUUUCCUUUUUUUUUUCCCCAUUUCUUCUGUAAAUAACCCCGUAGCCUUUGUAACAUUUAUCUUUCACCAUUCUUGUGACAUUUACACAGCCUUAAAGUAAUUAACCUUGUGAUUCUGAUUUGGUUUUCGUACUUUGAUCAAUCAAUUACGUUCAAAGGUUGUCGUCUCGAACAU